AUGCGGGCCAUCGAAGCGGUGGCAGAUCUGGGCGCCCUGAAUCAGUGGGCCUUUGAGUACCACAUUGCCUCUGAGGCUGCGGAGCCCAGGAGGAGGACUCGCGGAGCGUCCAAGCCAACAACAGAGGCUGCGGGUGCGACCCCUCGGCUUUCUCGAGGAAGCACCAAGGAAGGUAGCGGCUCCCGGAGCGGGUCCCUGGAGAGGACCCCUCUCCGAAGCUCCCUGAAAAGCAGGGAUGAGGACCGAGGCUCGGCGGCCACGACGCCGAAUGGUGAAAUGUGCCGAGUUCCGAGCAGGAACUCCCAAGCACGGUCUUCCAGAAGUACCAAGGAGCCUGUUCCCAGCAGCCCUUGCAGCGCUUUGGGCAGCCUGGCUUUGGAAAACACGGAGCCAAGCCCGGUCCCGAGCCCGGCCGCCAGCCAAUCCCGGCACCUGGCGGCGUCGGACUUCGAGGAUGCGGGUUCCUUGGCCCUGGCCAUCCGCGAGGAGCGACCGUCCACCAGCACCUUGGCGCUUGCGACCCGCUCAGAGGACCUGGCACUGGUGCCUGUGGCUCGUCCAUCACCCAAGACGCGGCGGAUGAAGACAGAGCUGCUCUCCACCCACCCGUGGCUUCAGCAGCUCCAGCAGAGGUCCCUGCACGGAUCUGUUCCAAGUUCUCCAAGCGGUGCCCGUGCUUUUGGCGGAAAGCAGGCAUCGUCGGCUUCCACUUUGCCACCGCUGGAUAAUCUGCAGAUCCAACUCCACGACGGCCAGAAGAUGGAGUUGGUGGCGUACUCCUCUCCUCGAGCAGCUUCCCGCGGAUCCUUCCAAGCGUCUGCGGAGGAGCCAAGGCCCGUCUCGAGGUCCUUCCGAGAUCUUGCCACCUGGGGCAGCAAGGACGAGAGGGACCUCAUGGCCACCUCCACAAGCGGGCAGCGGCAAGAGCAGGGGCUGCUGCCGCAGAGCAUCCGCUCCAUGGACUUUUGGCGAGCCACAGAGCUUUUCAACCUCUUUGACCGGCGGACAGGUGAGCUGGACAAGCUGGCUUUUUACCACCUCCUGACUGCUGCUUCGCGGGACAAGGAGAAUAUCAACAGGAGCCGAAGUGAUACGAUCUUCGACGAGAUUGACAUUGAUGGCUCUGGGAAGAUUGACAAGGAGGAGUUCCUGGGAUGGGUGUUUCAGACCAACAACAGCUUCCUCAGCUCCGUGAGGAGGCGUCUGGAAAGUAUGGACCAGUUGAAGGUGAAAGCCUUGUUUGAGCAGAUGGACAACGAUGGCAACAGGGUCAUUGACAAGGAUGAGUUCUGGGAAUUCGUUGAGAAGUUUAGUCCCGGCAUGCUGUCUCGGUCAGCCAGCGAUGAGCUACACGAGUUCAUUGAUGCUGACAAGUCUGGGGGCAUUGACGUGGAGGAGUUCCUUAAUUGGGUGCAUCCUGGGCGGGAGCUCAAGAUGCUUCGUGCAGAGGUGCCGGAUGACAAGGCCAUCACUGGGAAGGUCGCAGCGGGCAUGAUGGCGGUGGACGAGAACUCCUAUGUGGCUCCGAAGAAGCCGCUCAUGGAGACCGAGCCCGGCAAACCUGUGGUGCUUGAGUUCUGGAUUGGCAGCGAGUGGACUCCUUCCUUCGAGUCGAUCAAGCGGAGUCUUCGAAGCGUUUUCAGCUCGCAUCAGAUCAGGUUCCAGAUGCGCCGGGACCCCCGUGUCAUCCACACCUGCUCGAAGUUGGUAGCCAAGGUUGGCCGGGGGAUCGUCCUCUGGGACCGUGACUCGAUGCUGGCGUUCAAGGACGAUCCGUUCAUGAACCAGGCAACUGCAGGUAAGUGGAUCAAGGAGGUGCUGCUUCAGUGUCUUCCGGACGUUAUAAAUGCUGCCAACGUACGGCUGCUAAAGCGAAAGAAGUUGCAUGUCUGUUUCGAAUGCGGAAAAUCUUUGGAAGGCUCAAGGUUCAUGAACGUCUUGGAGUACAAGGUCUGCAGCAAGCAUUGCGCAGGACUGCUCAAGGCACGCGCAGUGAUUGAAGAUUGA